AAAAUGGCCGACGAACCGAGCACACAACGAGAUCGGGAAAAUUUUCGCAAUGGUCUACAGUUUUUCGAUCGGACCGACGAUCUUACGGCCUCAAAUGUUGGAUUAGCUGCUCGAGAAGGUGACGAAGAAAGACUGAUACGUCUUAUUGCCGAUGGAUCUCCCUGUGAUGUGUCAGAUAAUCGUGGUUGGUUUCCUCUUCACGAGGCAGCUGCAGCAGGACACUCUGGUUGUCUACAGAGCUUGCUGGAACACAAGAAUGAUGAUCUUCUCAAUUCUAGAGCGUACAGUGGUGAAACACCUCUCUUCUUGGCAUCAUUGAAUGGUCACAUUGAAUGCAUUAAGACACUAAUGGAAUAUGGAGCUGAUGUAAAUGUUAUGAAUGAUGAAGAAGUAAAUUUACUAGUAGCUUCUGUCAAAAGUGGCAGCUUAGAAUGUUUCAAGAUCUUCUUAGAAUGUUGUUUAGAUGUAAAUAGUCAGGAUGUUGGAGGAUGGAGUGCUUUGCAUGAAGCAGCAUUUGCUGGUCGUGAAGACUUCAUUAAAAUACUACUCUCAUCUGGUGCAGACAUUAACAUACAAAAUAGCGAUGGUGCCACACCUUUGUUUACUGCAGCUCAAUAUGGACAUGAUGCUUGCUUGAAGUUAUUAUUAAAAGAGGGGGCAGAUAUCAGUUUAUUGACUGUAGACAAGGCAUCACCAUUAUUUAUUGCUUCCCAAGAAGGCUUGACAGGUUGUAUCAACAUGCUGUUAACUGCUGGAGCAGAUCCCGAAAGCAGAGUUAUUGAUGGAGCAACACCGCUUCACGCUGCUGCGGAACGCGGGCACUACGAAUGCAUUGAGAUUCUUUUGAAUGCGGGAGCAAGCGCAUGCGCCGAAACUUAUGCCGAGAAAAUCACUCCUUUGCACCUUAGUAGUCAAGAAGGUCACCUUAAGUGCAUGGAGCUGUUUUUAUCAGCGGGUGUUAAUGUGGACGCACCAACACACAGUGGAAACAUGACCCCAAUUUGUUUAGCCUGUCAAGGUCAUGCAGACUGCACUAAAUUGCUUUUGGACGGCGGGGCAAAUCCCAACCACAUCUAUGAAGAUGUAGACAUGCUGCCCAAGACACCACUGAUGGUUUCCGUUGAAGGCGACUACAUCGAUUGCGUUAAAAUCUUGGCGGAACGCGGUGCAGAUGUGAACAGAGCGACAUACACCACACCUUUAAUUCUUGCUGCGCAGAAUUCUUCCUAUGAUUGCGGUAAGAUCCUGUUGGACUUCGGCGCUGAUCCCAAUUUUUUGGAUCGAGGGAAGAACACAGCGUUAAGCAUCGCUGUUACUAGGUUAGGGUAUGGCCAUAAUCAGAAGUCUCUUCAAGUUCAGUUAGAGUGCAUUAAACUUCUUCUCAAGCUCGGAGCAAGCGUCGAUCAGCUCCACGAAGGAACUUGCAUAGCUUUAAAGGACCCUAGUGCCUUGAGAUUUCUUAAUCCAGACCUCUAUAAGUUGUUAUUGGAAUUCGAGGGAAAUAGACCGCACUCGCAAGAGAUUUGCCGUGAGAAUUCCCGCGCGAAGCGGGCGAACUUGAAAUGGCGCAAACUGGAGCGGCUAACCAGUUCACCGCGUUCACUGCAACAUUUUUGCCGGCUCGUCAUCAGAAAGAAAAUUAGCAGUGGCAGAAUGCAAAGAAUCCCAGAACUGCCCGUUCCGCCUUCGUUAAAACAGUAUCUGAUGUAUUCCGACUUGUGAACAACGGAAUGCUGGUCUAUUCUUGUGUUAAUACUUCGAAAAAUGUUUCAUUUCUUUUCUUUGAAGACUUUCAAGACAAGGUCCCUGUGCGUGUCGGUCCUUCGGUCCAGGCCCUCCCAUCAUGACUCAGAAACUCGUUUGUUCAUUCAUUAAAGCGAGAAUUCGACUAAAAGCAAGUCUGCCUUUGGUUUAGAGUUAAGUAGAGUAUAAUUGAGUACCGAAAGUGCUCCUGAAUUCCUUCCGUGUUUCUUUACUUCGCUGUGAUUGGUCCAGAAAAUUAGCACCAUUUUCUCAACCAAUCAGAUUCAGAACCAAAGCCAAUCGCGAUUCGUUCAUUCGCGUUUUCCCGUCCUUUGGGCAGUUUGCCUCUUUUCUUUGUGUUCUCAUUGGCUCCUUUGUGAUAUUUUCUCUCUUCUAAUUGGCUGUUGUGAUUACUUUGGUUUUAGUUUAUUUACUCAAUAAAAAUGUGUCCAUCA